AUUGUAAGUUUAGUUCAGCGCAUAGUGAAUGUUGAAAGGCUUUAAUUUAUCAUCGUGUGGUUUAGAACUACUAAAAAAGUAUGUUGUGUUAUGCCUUGUUUAUCCUUUUUACAUUGAAACUUAUUAGUGCAUCUAACGAACCUCUUCCGUGGAAAAAAGAUACUGUUACCGAAGAUUGCAGAGAUUGCAUGGUGUACCGGUACUAUGAAUGUGAAGAUAAUGCUGUCUGCAACCAAGGAGUGUUCAAAGACAGUUUAUAUUCUACUGCGUUCAGGAAUCAUUGUUUCGGAAGAUACGCUCUUGAUCAAUCAACCAUUGACGAUUUUUUUACCAAGUUUUAUUCUGGAAAAAAGGGCUGGAGAGACCCACUUAAUGAGCUGGUAACUACUCUGCAUGAGACGACGUACUGGGGGAACCCUUCUUACUCUAAUAAGACCAAAUGUGCAUUGACGUUAGAAGACAUUUAUUCGUUACGGAACCAAACUGAUAGGAAACCACCUGAACGCAAGAAGAACAAAAAGCGAAAACGAAAGAAGCGAAAACGUCAACGGUCUGUAGAGCCUCAACGGCCGCAUAUUUCAAAGCAGUUGUUCUAUUGUCCUAUCAAUAAAAGUGUCAUUUGGAUGGAACAAAUACGCUAUUGUGGUCCUAAGGAUUCAGUGGUGCAUUACUCUGAAUGCAUAUGCCAUCAAGCCAACACGAAAGGUCGGUUAAUGCAAACUGGUAUUUGUUUUGACGACUACGGUUACUUGAAUAAUAACUGUACAACAUAUGAUCUCAUUCCAUGUUACUGCCCAAUCUCAAUAAAUGGUGACGUAACUGUUGCAAGUCACACGAAUUCACCAAAAGUUUCGACUGCGAUCGCUUCUAACUUCACAACUACAGUAAAGCAAAUAGGGUUCAACGCGACGACUACACUGAACAAUCAACCACUCAAGUCUAUACUCACUACUGUAGUUAUUGUACUGUCUGCAUGUUUGAUGGUGGUUAUCAUAACUGUCAUCGUAUUUUGCGGAUUAGAACUGCUAAGGAAAUCGGUUGGCGAUCAAAGGCAAAGUCGGGCUGGAUCACCUCAUCAAGGCUCUACGAUCGGGGAUCGGCAAGGCGGGAGUAACCAACAGGAUCCGGAUUACUUUUGCAUGGCUAACAAGCAGGGUCAAAGUGUUUACCAAACUAUCGGUGCUUACACAUUCAAACCAAAUCCACCAUCUGAAGUGGAUCCUCUACCGCCUGCACUCCCGUUACGUCUCUUUUCUGUUGGUGGUUCCAGCUUACGAACCCCGCCACGUUCCCGAUGCACAACUGAGCCAAGCGUCUAUCUUUCCCCCAUUGUUUCCGAACCCAAACCGAGCACCGAACACCCAGUUGUUCCUGUCGACCAAGCCUAUGAUUCUAUCAGCGUACAGGAGGAAGAAUACGACCUGCCCCCGCCUGCUGAUGACCCUGAAUUCAGCGAUGUUGAAUUUUCCGAUGACCCCUGCUACGAUGACCGAAAUGACGACAUGAGAGUAAACCCGCUAUAUGCUAGCGAAGACGACAUGCAGUGACACGAUGUUAUUCUAAUAUAGCACAAAUAUAUAGCUACCAAAAUCUCAAUGCUCGGUCUGCAAGGAAAGACUGAAAAUUUGAAAAAAUGGUAUAGUCGUCCAUGACCGAAUUUUAAUACUUAAUAACAGUAACAAAUUUUGCCGCGAACUAUGGGUACCGGUUAAAGUGAUUUAAAAAAGAAAGUCUCGUCUUUUCCCACGCUAUUGUAUAUAGUAGGGUGGGGAAAGGUGGGAUACCUAUAGCACAUAACAUCUAAAUAAUCUGAUCGUGUUUUAAACAGGUCACAACAGUCCAUGGGAAUCGUGAGAAUAUAGUUUAAUAAUUUUUUGAAUGUUAUUUGUUUAUUACUACUAAGUGGAAUGGAAAAAAAAAUGAAAAAGGGUCCCAUCUUUCCCCAUUUUACUGCAUGUAGUUUACUCAUAUUUUACUUAAUGCAUAUAGAGAUUAAAUAUUAAACAGUCGUAUUCCGUAAAUAUUAUUUUGGCAAAACUUUCGUAAAUGAUUAAAACACACUUGUCUGUGACUGCUUUCGCACAAGGUUUUAUGUAAUAAAGGUUCUCCUAUUUUCUGUGUUAAGAGGGCAGCACGCGCUUUAAUUCUCGACUGUCCUCACAUUGUCUGUAACCCGAUGCCUUUCGUCGUUUUGUUUAACAUUAUUGUACCGAGUUGUCGACCUAUCGUUAUGGAGUUGGAUAACGUUGGGAUAAUUCCGAGCUUAAACUUGCACUGUCAGCAAGACUUGACGUUUUAAAACAUCCGACAACCAAGACAAACCGGUUUGAU